ACAGCCUCUAUUCAGAGCACAAACUUAGAGCUGCGAGCAGGAGCAGGCUUGGGAUUUAGACAACUCUCAGCAGAUGAGCCUGUUCAAGGGUCUUUCUUGGCUUUGUUUUUCAUCCAAAUUCUGAUCCAUGAGAGGAAACCAGGCUCUCUCCUCUGGGCAUGCAAGGUUUUUAGGGUGUGUAUCCUAAACAGCAAUUGAAUGUGAUGCGCAACCUGAGCCUGGAGCAGGGACCUGAACGCUCAUCUCUCCCAUCCCAGAAGUGACAGAUGUGACAUUUUCAUCUGUUUGGGCCCAGAAAAUGUGAUGGGUCCUUCUGGAAAGAGCUUUCUGAUGGCACAGCUGUGAGUGAAACCAGCACAAUAUGUUCAGUGUUGAGGACCUCCUGAUUUCUCAUGGAUACAAAUUGUCCAAAAAUCCCCCGUAUGAGAACAGCUAUGAUGGAUACCGGCAUGACAUCGCAGGGAAUAGAUCUGCUCAGAGAAUGCUGAAUGGGUUUGAGGCAGACUCGAGAGCCGGGGCUUACAGCAAGAAACCUUUGGUGAAAACCAACUCGAGCAGCACGGAAAGCAGCUGUGGGAGCCAAGGGAGGCAAGCAGGUCCUGGUUACCACCAUGACCUUCAGGGUUUGUCCACUUUUCAUACUUCAGAAGGGGGGGUUUAUGACAGGCCUCCAUUAGCCUGGUCUUCCCAGCCCAAGACUGAUAAAGAUCUUGCCUACUGGAGAAGACGAGGACAGGACUUCAGUGUGCUCCUGGGCUAUUCCCAGAAAGGUUGUGUGGAAAUGAAAGGCCUGGCUGCAGCACCAGGGGGUCCCCGGCACACCAAGGAGAGCCAGCUGAAGGUGGGGACGGCUGCAGGAUAUGUCAGGAGAAGUGGCUUGCAGGAAAGCUGCGAAGUGCCUGAUGACUGCAAAUGGCAAAGUCUGGGAAUGGAAAGCUGGAACCAGCCAAAAAAGGUCGGGAGGCAAAUGUCCGAGGGUGACAGGGAGAAGCUGCUUCAAGAGCUGUAUUCGCUGACCCUGGGAGACAACGUGCUCGGCGCCCACAACAAAGGAAAAUCGCAGUCGUUGCCGAGGGUCCUUUCUCCUGAAAGCAUGAGGUGCGUGGAAAUGCCCUCCCUGACCAACAGUAAGAACUCUCUCAGUGUAGCUAAAACCCCCUCCUACCCCCCAAACAGACCGAGUGUGGAACCAGCCAAGCACCAUGGAACAGGAGGCCGUUUCGUUCCCCUGGUAAAACCCAAGUAUGGGAGACCUCUCAAGCCUCCAUCCUACGACCUGCAGCGACAGACCAGGGCACCUGCAGAAACUAUGGGUUUCCAGGACCACUGCCAGAAAGAGGAACCCACCUCCUACUUAGCCAAAGUUAAUGAGCCGAGGCAAGAUGCUUGUGUUCAAGACUCUGGUUUGGAGCCCCCAGUCUAUGUACCUCCUCCAUCUUACAAAUCCCCAUCUCACCAAAACGUAACCCCACAUCCCCUCAGUGAAGUGCCUAACGAUGACACACCCGCCAGCAGCGAUCAGCAGGGUCCCGUGGAGCGGGUUGUCCCCUGCCAACGACCAGCCGUGAAUACUUUUGAAGCGGGGGGUGACCCUUGCAAAGACAACCAUCUUCCUCAUGGGAAGCAAAGCCAUGCAAGGCGUCCCGCUGACCACCUGCGUUCUGUUCAGUAUAUUCCCUUUGAUGAUCCUCGGAUACGACAUAUUAGAAUUGCACCACCAGGAGGUCUGCAGGACAACACUACAUACUCUGAAAAUGCAUGUAGUCCCAGUUCUGGUGCUUUGCAAGAGAGAAAUCUUGAAGUACAGUACAACAGUGCCUUUUUGGAUGCAGCAAACUUGUCCAAUCCUGCAAAGGGAGAAAGAACUUCUGACAGCUCCACCCAUAGUAACAGAUGGUUGGCACCAUCCAUCCGAGAUCAGGAAAAUUGUGCCUUGCCGGACCAAAGAGACAGUUACAGCACAACUAAUCACAACCCCCAUAAUGAAGCCACUGCGGAGUACACAAGAGGCAAACUUUCUGUAAGACAUUCACAUAUGGACAGCACCUGUGAGACUGUUACAAAAGUGAAAAAGUUUGAACCUGGAACCGGGAUGCAGAGCAAAAAGAGUUCAAAGAAAAAAAUGAAUGAAACUAUAUUUUGUUUGGUCUCUAUCCCAGUUAAAUCAGAAUUCAAUCUGCCAGAUACAGAUAGGAACAACAACAUAACCCAGAGCCCUGAUAAGAAUGGGUUUGAUAACAAUGGGGCUUUGCAAGAACAAAGUCUCUUAAGUAUGUCUUCAACGGACUUGGAGUUACAAGCACUUACAGGAAGCAUGACCAAUAAAAAUGAGUUACAAAAACAAGAGCUGUGGAGACCAGAAGAGUUCAAACAAAUGAAUGACCUCAGAUUUAUUCAGCCUGCAAAACACAGAGAGCUCAAAUACUCUGGCUCCUGGCCAGGUGAUCACUACAAAGACCAGCAGACACAGACCAAUUUCACUGAAGAACCUACAAGCCCACAGUUUCUCCCUGAUACAAAGCCUGGGCAGCCCAAUAGUGACAAACCACUGUCUCCAAAGCUCCUAGGAUGUACAGCAUCCAUGAUCGGGUCAAAACAGGCAGGGCCGCCUUCUGAUGAGAGAAGCUGCAGACAGAGCACAUGUGGCAUGAAGGGUCAGAUGUACCUCAGCCAGUCUAGCAACAGUGCAUUUUCCAGGACUGCCACGUCGGUCCUUCAGUCCCCCUCCCCAAAAGCCCACCAGAGCCAGCCCAUGCCUUCCCAGGAGAGGGAAAACGGCUUUCUUCCCAAGGGAGAUGUAGUUAAAGGAGAAGCAAGCGCUCCCUGCAACAGUAAAGAACUGUUUGGGCAGUUCCUGUUGAAGCCUGUAAGUCGCCGUCCCUGGGAUGCAAUAAGUGAGCUGGAAAGUUUUAACAAGGAGCUGCAAGAGCAGGAGGAGAGCACAAGCAGUGAAGAAGAUUUGGAAAGUGGUGCAGCUUCUCCACAGGCAGAUGCCCUUACAGAGAGGAGGGCAUCCAGAAAUGAGAAGUCCAACCAGGAGCCAAAACACGGUGGGAAAUUGGAAACGGUUGUGCCAGAGGUGCCUGUACUUAGGUCAGGAAGAGUUAAAAGUAAGUCUGAAAGUUGGAGCGUGGGGAUGAAGCAUGGUGGCGAGCCAGGCUGCGUUGGUGCUGGAGGCUCCUGGCAGGUAGGAGGGAGCAGUGAAGGAGUCAGGCCAGCAGAUGGAAGUCUGAUAACAGAAACCAGGACAGGGGAAGCCGAGAGCAGAACAAGCAAGCAGCCAGUUCGCGUGGGCCCUUUCAGGAGAGUUUUGUCCAGUAGCCCAAGCAGUUCAUGUUCCAGUAAUCCUUUCAAUAACCCUGUCUUGCAGGAGAUGAGUGAAGACCAAAAUUACCUAGACUUUGUUAAACUGAGUAAAGGUGCAACUCUCACAAAUGAUACAGAAUUAGAAGGAGGCUCGGUAGCACACUUAUCCUUAACGAAGAGGAACCAAGGACGCUCUGAGCCAGAUUUGAGGUCAGUGGGACUUGAUGUGGCUGCAGGACCUGGUGCUAACAGUUCUGAUCACUCUUCAAAUGCAAAUGCAGUGGAAAUCCCUGUGAAUGAGUCAUUGGAGGCAAGAGCUGCAAGAAUUUUAGGUAUAGAUAUAGCAGUGGAGUCUCUCCUUCCGGAUGACCAUGUUGGACCCCAUCCAGGGACCAGCCCUGCAAAUGGUGCCCAGGACUUUGAGUCAUCAGUGGGGAGCACAGUAAGUGACAAAGAAGGAAAAAAAGAUAGUUCUUUUGAAGGCAGACGAAAAUGUGGCUGGACAGAGAGUGCUCUCUUUGUUGGAGCAGGAGGCCGAUCUUUAUACCCUGAUGAACACCAGAGCACUCAGCAGGAAGCCAAUGCUAAAACCCUGGUAACCGAGCAAGUUCUUGAACAACCUGCAAGUCCCAGCCAAGGUGAGGAGCAAAACUUGGUUUGCAGGUCAGCUGUGUAUCAUUCAGAAAAGAGAAUGAGAAGCACCUCGAAAGUGAUAGAGACACUCCAAGGCAAGCUCGCAUCUCCACCGAGCCGGACUGCCAUGGAUCGCUUAGUGCGAAUGAAAGAAGUUGACUCUGUGUCCCGGAUGAGACGUCUGAGCAUUAAAAGUGCAGACUCGGGAGAGGAUGCGGAUGAGGAGAAGCUGUCGAGGGUACAAGAGGAAAGAGGAGGCAAACUAGCAAGCUCAGGGGCUGUUUCCAAGCGUGUUAUCUCUCUCAGUGAAAAUGGAUAUUUAGGUGGAAUGGACAAGAAGAAGAUGGACAGAGAUUUUUCUUUAGGUAAGAGUCUAUUAUGGGAGAUUCAAGUGGGUUCUGUUUCUUUAUGUAAUGGGCAUGAUCGGUUUGCUCACACCCACGUAACGCUGCUCAAAUAGUAACAGGCUGUAGGUGGUACUACCCCUAUCUGUUUGCCACCCCCUUUGCUCUCCUUGUGGAAUAGAUAACGUGAGUGUUUGCUGAUCCCAUUUUAGGAAAAGUUACUGUAAAACUCACUUGUGAUACUGAAACUCAUUCACAGAGACUGGAGCACUCCCUGAGGUUUUUUCUCUGUCUAAUUGUUUCAGGGAACGGCCAGCUUCAAACAGCGGAGUUCAAACAUAGUCGCUGUAGUGCCAGUGUUUGGGAAGAUGUGGUGAUUUAAUCAUAGCCUCUCCUUGAAUACCCAUUUUUUCCCUCUCUAAUACUUAAGUAGACACAUGCUAUAUCAGAGUUCAGAAGAAACUAAAAAUAAAAAUCUGAUGUUCCUUCUGUGAAGCCUCUGGGAAAUGACUGCAUUAAAGGGCCUGGAAAAUUCUCUCUCUCAUGAAUAUGUUCCAGAUCAGAUGUUGAAAAUAACUAUUAUCCCCAGGUCAAAUGGAAAGUUUACUUUUUCAGUGAACACCUUUUUUUUGGUGUGUGUUCCUUAUUUCUCAAAAGCAUAUAAACUUGUGUAGUCCAUAUGCAUGCCCAAAGUAACAUAAGCUGUUCUUCCUGCCAAACGGUUUUCCUAUGGCAUUGUGCUGAACAACUGAAAAUCAGUUGUUGCUAUAGAUGUGUGUAAAGGAAUAAAUCUCCCAGGACACAUGUCUAGUCCAUUAAAUUAGUUGGAGUGAGCAAAUGAAUGGUGUGAAAGCUGUUAAUAUUAAUCUCCUCCUUCCAUUUUCCAUCCUCUCUGUAACAGCUGACACUCUACCUUUAAAUCUACACAGGUUAUUCAUUAAACCUCAUUGAUAUAAAUCUGUUAACAGUUUUCCAGUGCAGAGGGACUGAAAUUAAAUGGAGCGUACUUUAAAGCGGAUUUAUGUAUUUCCAUCUGAAGAGAAGUAUUUGUAUAAGUUCUAAGUAUUGACUCCUACAGUCUUGCAGCCUUUCCCUUCAUGUUUUUUUCUGUAUCCCACAGCUCUGUGUCUCUCUCUGCUCUGAACCGUAUUUCCCUAGACCAGAUUUUCCAGACUAAUUCAGCUUCCUUGUGCCCAUCAAGUCUAGUAUGCCCCACACGCGUUUCAUAUGCUUUUCUCCCUUGGGGUUUCUGCUGGAGUGAAGACAGUAACUGUUGUGGUGACAUGACUUCAGGGAUGUAUCAAAACAGAUUGUGUGUGUUUUAUUGGAGAGUUAUUCUGCAGUAAAUUAGGUCUAAAUUUAUCCCUCUUGCUGACAAUGCUAGGCUUGUAUUUUGCAGUGUGUUCCCAUUGCAGUAGUUCCUUUGCAGACGUAACAGCCAUCCUCAUGUCUGGGUAGCGUGGAUGUCCCUUCCUGCACCACACAUCCAGUACCACAGGUGACAUGCACUCACGUGGGGCAGGAAGGUGUCUCCUCCACUGGCUUCUUCCCAUUCAAAGAGACCCGAAUUUGUUGAUGCAUGCAAGAUCUCCAAUUUACCUUAAUGGAGCAGGACUGAAGAUUCAUGUUUGUAGGAAGGCCUGAUGCUGUGUCUUCCUCUGUUAACCCUCACUCCAACUUCCAGACUAGCUCACUAGCCAAAAUGAGAGUUAAUCCUGGAAAGCCAUUGUAUUUGUUGCUUUUAGAGAGUGAAUAUUACUGAAGUCUUAUAAUUGCAGACUGGGCCCAUCACAAAGGCUAGAGCCCUUAGCAGAAACCAGUUUUCAUAUGUAUAAUGCAGCUUGACAGAUGAACAGUCAUCUCAGAGUAAGAGCUCUGACGAAACUGAGUGCAAGAAACUGAUCUUAUUAUGCAAAUACUGCCAUUAGAAGAAUCUCCGAAGUGUUCCCAAAUGCACUGGAUGACUUUUCACCAUUGCUGUUUGAAGACUGCUUCCUUGAGGCUGCUGAUCUGGCUUUGUUCCUCUAGAGAGUAUUUCAAAUCAGCUUAAUCAAAUGUGGAAUAAAUGUUUCUGUAUCAGUGCUAGAACUCCAAUGUUUGUCCCCCUGGAAGUGUGAUGUAGCCUGGCAGUCUAGACCUUUUGUGUCCUUGGUUUGGGUGCUGUGGGUAUGGCUAAGUUUUCAAGUAAUAAACUGAGCCAUGCAGAUGUUCCAUGUCAUGUGGCCUGAUUUUCUGCCCCCCUGCCAAACGGUGAGCACCUAUUGGUGUGAAUGUGUCUGGCCUUAGGAAAAUCAGGCUUCUGAAAUGCUGAGCCUUUUUUAUUCUUAGGUCAAUCUCACACAGAACAGUUCAGAAUUUUUGUAUGUUCUAGCAGUUUAGAUGGCAAAAUAUUUACAACUGAAAAAAUGUUACUGCUUUGCCCAGGGAAGUGGUGGAGUCACCAUCCCUGGAGGUGUUUAAGAGGCAUUUAGACGAGGUUCUUAGGGACAUGGUUUAGUGCUAGAGUUAGGUUAUAGUUGGACUUGAUGAUCCUGUGGGUCUCUUGCAACUGAAACGAUUCUAUUCUGUUCUACUCUAUUCUGCUCUAUUCUAUUCUUUACAGGCAUCUUCCCACACCAUCAGAGCAUUAAGCUUAGAAAGAUACAGCAUUAUCCUCGAGUGCACUAGCCCUCAAAAACUUGUUUCUCUUCAUUUUUUCGCAUUCAUGUGUUGUCUGUUCUUGAAGUUUGGAAAUACCAGAAGAGGCUGAAGAGUGAUAAGCAGUUCUGAAAACAUAGGUGUUGCUGGCACAGACUCCUUUCUUGGCUGGCUUAGCAAUUUGAGGAGCGUGGGCAAGAGAUACGAUAAAGGAUUCUGCAUCAAGAAUACACCCACUGGGGCCAAAUCCAGAAGUUCUUUCGUAUCCUGUCUCCCCUUGGUAUGAGUGUGGAUGCUGCAGAUGGACGCUUGCACACAGAAGUAGAAAUUUCCCUCUGAGGGUUUUUAUGCUUGUUUGAAUGAAGACAUUCACAUCAACAUGAAAGUCCUGAGGGUGAUAAGUCCAAAGUGUGAUAUUUAUGUGUGCAUAUUUUCAUGCUCAACAGUUUAAAUCCGAGUGCUGUGGGAGCACGGCCUACAGGAGGGAUGUUUAAGGUGAGGUCAGACACCUAGGUUGUGUAAACGAGCAAGGUAGCACCUGGUAGCAUGGACUGCAGCACUGGUUUGUCCAGGCCCUGUGUGCCUACAGACUCCUCCAUAGGUAGCCCUGGUUCCUCCAUGACAUUAGUGUGCAUCCGAGGGAGCCAAGGGUAAGUCAGAUGUGUGCGUGGUGGCACGGGGUAAGCAGAUCUCACAAGGCAGUGCUGUCCCAGAGUCACGAGGGUGAAGGAAAAGGCUCACUUCAUGGCCAGUGUUGGGAUAAAUCCAAUAAAAAAAUCUGAUAGAAGAGCAUCCUUGGGGCUUCAGGAAAAGAAAACCGAUGCAUGGUCUGUCCUUGUGAACUGACACGAGUUAGGCUGAAAAUGAAGACCAGUGUUAGUAAGCCAGUCCAGUGCUUUAUGAAGAAUGUGAGCUGCAGACUGAGACAGUCCAGUCAUAGUGAAGCAAUGCAGCUGUGCUUUCCCACAUUCUACUGAAUUAGUCUGAAACCAAAGAUUUGUGAUCGAAUGAAAAAAUCCUGAUGAGUGGAUGGCACCGUCACUUCUUUAGCCAGCCUUAAACACUGCUAGGAUGCUUAAAGCAUUUACUUGUCCUUACUGUUCAGUACAAUGCGGGGCAAAUCAUAUGUCUUUUUCUCCCUGCGGAAGCAUCUGAAAACUAUAAACAAUCACUUAGCAGUCAGUGUGCUUGUUCCUACCUACUCAAAGUUUCCCAAAUUAUAUCUACAUAUAUAUGAUCCAAGUUGCUCCCAAAUUACACUGGUGUAACUACAGAAUUUGGGUCAGGAAUGUAGUAUGUAUCAUUAAGGCUGUAAGUCCAGUAGUAGUUUUGGUGUUUGUUUGUUUGUUUUAAUAAAAGCUAGGAAAACAAUGUCUUGUUUCCAUAGCUAGCAAUGUUGAAUAGAUUUCACAAUACAUUAUUAAUA